GGGAGGAAGGGAAGGAAGGCUGACGUGUCCCACCGGGGCUGCCGGGCUGCGCAUGCGACCCCGCGGCAGCGGCCAUGGAGGAGGCGGGAGAAGCGGGCCCGUCCGUGCUGUUCCUGCACCCGGACCUGGGGCUGGGCGGCGCGGAGCGGCUGGUGGUGGACGCGGCGCUGGCGCUGCGGGCGCGGGGCUGCCGGGUGCAGAUCUGGACGGCGCACUACGAUCCCGGGCGCUGCUUCGCGGAGACGCGCGGGCUGGCGGUGCGGAGGGCGGGCGGCUGGCUCCCGCGCAGCCUGUGCGGCCGCGGGCACGCCCUGUGCGCGGCCCUCCGCAUGGCCUUCGUGGCCCUCUACGUGCUGCUGCUCAGCGGAGAGACCUUCGACGCCUUCGUGUGCGACCAGGUGUCUGCCUGCAUUCCUGUACUUAGACUGGCCAGAACCCGUAAGAAGGUUUUGUUUUACUGUCACUUUCCUGAUCAACUCCUGACCAAGAGAGAAUCUUUCCUGAAGCGCCUCUACAGAUUGCCACUUGACUGGCUGGAAGAGUACACGACUGGCAUGGCAGACUGCAUCGUCGUGAACAGCAAGUUCACUGCCAGCGUGUUCAAAGACACCUUUAAGUCCCUAUCUCACAUAAACCCAGAUGUCCUCUACCCAUCGCUCAACAUCAGUAGCUUUGAAGAAAUUGUUCCUGCAGACAUAGCCGACCUGAUACCGAAAAAGAAAAAGUUCUCGUUUCUUUCCAUUAAUAGGUAUGAAAGAAAAAAGAAUCUAGCAUUGGCUCUCGAAGCUUUGCAUGAACUUCGGGGGAGACUUGGUUCUCAUGAGUGGGAUGAAGUUCACCUGGUUAUGGCAGGUGGUUAUGAUAAGCGAGUUCUGGAAAACGUGGAGCACUAUGAAGAGUUGAGGAGACUCGCAGACAAGCUUGGUGUUAAUGACCAUGUGACUUUUCUGAGAUCAUUCUCAGAUGAACAGAAGAUCUCUCUUUUUAGUAACUCUGUAUGUGUGCUUUAUACACCAAGCAAUGAACAUUUCGGCAUUGUCCCUUUGGAGGCAAUGUAUAUGAGAUGUCCAGUUAUAGCAGUUAAUUCAGGUGGUCCUUUAGAAUCAAUCUCACAUAAUGUUGCAGGAUUUUUGUGUGAUCCUCUGCCAACCCAAUUUGCUGAUGCCAUGGAAAAAAUUGUGAGAGAUCCUCUCUUAAAAGACACAAUGGGAGCAGCUGGGAGAGUGAGAGUUAUGGAAAAAUUUUCUUCAGAAGCUUUCUCAGAACAGCUGUACCAAUACAUACGCAGAUUAACAGAAUAAAAUUAUAUUCCUGUGUUAUAUUUUA